CUGCCCUCUCGGACGGCCGCGGCGAAAGAGAAAAAUGGCGGAGGCCUCGGCGGCCGGGGCCGGCGCGGGCGCCGCGGUUGCCGCGCACCGGUUUUUCUGCCACUUUUGCAAGGGCGAGGUCAGCCCCAAACUACCGGAAUAUAUCUGUCCCAGAUGUGAAUCAGGCUUUAUUGAAGAAAUGACAGAUGAUUCCAGUUUUUUAGGUGGUGGCAGCAGCACAUCAACACAUUUUGCAGAGUUCUGGGACCAUUUGGACCCCACGAUGUUUUUCCAAGAUUUUAGACCCUUUCUAAGUAGCAGUCUACUGGACCAAGAUAAUAGAGCCAAUGAGAGGGGUCACCAAACUCACACUGACUUCUGGGGACCAAGUCGGCCGCCACGGCUGUCAGUGACUCAAAGAUACAGAUCUCGAGGAAGUACUCGUCAUGAUAGAUCCCCUGCUUUUGAAAGAGUACUACAACAGAUCAUUGCAGGAUUCAUUCCUGGAUCCCCAUUUUCUUGGAGCGGGAUGCUGCACUCCAACCCCGGGGACUAUGCCUGGGGUCAGACAGGGCUUGAUGCCAUUGUAACUCAGCUUUUAGGACAACUGGAAAACACAGGGCCUCCCCCAGCUGACAAGGAAAAGAUCACAUCUCUUCCAACAGUGACAGUAACUCAGGAGCAAGUUGAUAAGGGUUUAGAGUGUCCAGUAUGCAAAGAGGAUUACACAGUUGAGGAGGAAGUCCGGCAGUUACCCUGCAACCACUUCUUUCACAGCAGUUGUAUUGUGCCAUGGUUAGAACUGCACGACGCAUGUCCUGUAUGUAGGAAGAGCUUAAAUGGUGAGGACUCUACUCAGCAAACCCAGACCUCUGGGUCCUCUGCAAGCAACAGAUUUAGCAGUGACAGCCAACUACACGACCGAUGGACUUUCUGAAACUAAAGACCGCCUCUGAGCCAGGGCUAUGGUAGACCUCUUAUCACGGCUGUUAAUUGUAUCAAAACAAAAAAAUCAUAGGUGAAUUUAGGAGUCACCUAAGAAACCCCAACCCAUAAUAUUAAUUCAUUGAGUGUUUUUCUUCUCUAAAUUUAAAGUUAGUAUCUACAGAUGGAAUUGUAUCUACAACCACAUGCCUCUCAUUCUUGAAUUCAGAGCGAUAAUUUUGUAAGUGCGAAACUUAAUUAUGUGGGUUUCCCCUGCCAGAAUAGAAUGAGUUCCUUAAAGUCUAGCUAGGGUCCUGCUGUCUGUCAUGUUACCUUGUGAUGGAUGUUUCCACCUCUUUCUCCAACCUCCACCCUGUCAUUAGUGUACUUUACACUAAAUACAGUGGAACCAGGGCCCUAAAGUCCUGCUGAUAUAAAGUCCUUCUGUUUUAAUUGUACAAAAGCAUCUACUUUUGGCCACAGCCACGAAGUGAGAUCAGAUUAAUUCAAGAAUCUGAGACUAAUGAUUCUUGUUUUUUCUUAAAUUUUCAGAGAGCAAAUCAAAGAAAAAUUACAGUGGGAAGGAGAAAGUGGCUUAUCAUUGUACUCUUUGGUUUUCUCAUUUUUAUUUUUAAAGGCUACUUCACAAGAUGCAGCUUCUGCAGAAACCAACCUGACAUGUCUUAGGAGUCUUAUGUUGGGAGGAAUCUGAUUCUGGUUCCUUUUUGGGAAUGAGUUGGGCAGCAUACAGGCACAGAAAGACAGAUGUUUGAAAUCUUUGGUUCCGAGGUUUUUUUUAGUGAUCCCCAACUCAUUGUUUAUCCUGGGGACCUUAAAAUAAUUUCCCUCACAGAAAUAGAAUUACUUCAUUACUGCUUCUACAGCUAAGUCAUUGUUUUUUGUAAUUCACUGGUCUUCAGGAAUUGAGAUUUUAUGUUGUCCUAUUUUAAUUUUUUAAGCCCAUUUAUCAUCUCUGAAACCUUUCUGUUUGCUUGGUUCUGGCUGUACUUGGAGUCAUACUGAUUACUGUGAUCAUGCCCAAACAACUUGGCCUAGGUGAGGGAGGCCUUCUUUUUUCAGCCUAACAGUGUCCCAUGCACAUGCUCUUUGGUGCAUUUAAGUGUUUAAAGUUGAAUAAAUGAAGAAGAUUAAGAAUGUUGUUGGAACUUAAAAGUCUCAAAAAUAAAUAAUGGGGACAUGUAACCACUGUUGGUGCACCAAAAAGGGUGACAGAGGGUCAACAAUGGUAUGGUCAUAUCAGCCCUUCAUAGUUUGGAAUGAGCAGAACAAGAAGGCUGCUCUUUGGUGAGUCUCUCUUGGCUAGGAGUCUUUCCUCUGUUUUUGUUGACUGUCGUACACUGGUUUUGGGGGUGAGGGAUGGGGUUAGAGAUACCUUUGUAAUUUAGUAGAGGACAGAGGAGUAGGAGAGGGAAGAGAGAAAGUGGGAGAGUUUAAUUUAAUAGCCUGCCUCUAAAAGUUGUGACCAUAAGGUAUGAUUCAGGUUGGGCCCAGAGAGAAUAAAAGAUGUUUUCUCAUAUGCCUUAUGUUAUCCUCUGUAGAGAUCAUUUCUUUGGAGAAUGUGAACUAUUUACUAUGGCUGUUGAAAUGUAGCGCAGAAAUACAUACUGGUUUUGAAUGGUGAGGGGUGAUGAGGACGAAGGGGACAUGGGAAGUAUAUUGUGAAUAUUUAAUGGACAUUACUUAGAUGGAGAAGGCCUAGGCUGAAGUUGGACCACAUUGUAGUUUUCAAGUGGAACAGUAUCAGCCGUCUCUGAAAAAUGAUGCCAGCCUAGAAGUUUUUGUCUGCUUGUUAGUGUCUGGAGAUGCCAGAACAGGCAGGUGUAUUUUUACUUAACACUAGAGAAGUAGAAAGAAUCUGAGUAGCUUUACAAAAGGAUGCAAACAAAGUGCUGGAGAGGGAUUUAACUUUUCAAUAUACAGAAGAGCAAAUAGCAUCAGUCUAAGUUAUCUGAAAUUUUCUUCACUUUUUUUGUUCUUUUAGACAGAGUGCAUAAAUCUGUUUGCUGUUUCUGAGACCCCUCCUACUUAAUGAAUCUGUAGUGUUUCUUCCUAGAAUAGGAGGCAUCUCAGACUUCCAGGUUAAUUUAGGUAGUGUAUUAGGGUUCUCCAGAGAAACAGAACCAGUAAGGUGUGUGUGUG